UACGCGAGUAACAAAACCAAGUCAAAACCUUGCUAACCAUGUUUCAGUUGUCGUAGUGUUUUAAGGUCGGUGACGUACAGCUGGAUAACUUAGUUGUGGAAAACUAAUUUGGUUAAAUAAAGCACCGGCUAUCGUCAACACGCUUAACAAGUCUAAUGCGAGCUAUCUGGCUUAAAUGUAGCACUUCAGUUGAGCGUCCCCAUCCGUCUGCAACAAUGACCACCAUUGUCCAUGACACCUCUGAGGCAGUGUGCCUCUCCACUGAGUUCAACCUGUACCUCAAGCCCAUUGCCAAAGUUACUGUCAGUGUGGCCCUGCCUCAGCUUAAGCUCCCAGGAAAGAGCAUCUCCAACUGGGAGGUAAUGGAGAGGAUAAAAGCAAUGGUGGCUCCAGAGCAGUUUUCAGCCCUUCGAAUUUCCAAGAGUACCAUGGAUUUCAUCCGCUUCGAGGGAGAGGUGGAAAAUAAGACGAUAGUCAAGAGCCUGCUGGGCCGCCUGGAUGGGAAGAGCAUCAAACUCAGUGGGUUCACUGAUGUACUGAAGGUGCGUGCAGUAGAAAAUAAGGUAGACUUCCCUACACGUCAUGACUGGGACUCAUUUUUCCGUGAUGCUAAGGACAUGAAUGAGACACUGCCAGGAGAGAGACCUGACACUAUCCACCUGGAGGGACUUCCUUGUCGCUGGUUUAGUCAGAAGAACAGCCCAUUCCCAGACCGCCCCUCUGAGAAGGUCCUCACUGAUGUUUUUGAGACAUUUGGCAAGGUGCGAAAUGUUGACAUCCCUAUGCUGGACCCAUACAGAGAGGAAAUGUUGGACAAGAACUUCAAUACAUUCAGCUUUGGGGGUCAUUUGAACUUUGAGGCUUAUGUCCAAUACCAGGAAUACUGUGGCUUCACCAAGGCCAUGGACACAAUGCGUGGUAUGAAGCUGAUGCUCAAAGGAGAAGAUGGAAAGGCAGUAGCUUGCAAUAUCAAGGUGACAUUUGAUACCAGCAAGCACUUGAGUGAGUUGGCUCUGAAGAGGAGGACUCUGGAGAGGAUGAAGUUACAGGAACUGGAGCGGCAGAGGGAGGAGCAGAAACGGCAGGCAAAGGAAGAAGAGGAGCGGCGUAAGGAGAUGGAAAGGAAACAGAAGGAGCUGGAAGAGGAGGAGAAAGAGAAGAAGAAGGAGGAGAGGUUGCGGCGGCGAGAGCAGAAGCUGCGGGAGAAAGAGCAAAGGAAAACCCUGAAGAAGGUGAGGCGACAGCAAGAGUGGGAGCAGAAGAAGCUGCAGAUGAAGAUUGCAAUGGAGGAGAGGAGACUUUUGCUGGCUCAGCGCAACCUGGAGUCUAUACGGCUUAUUGCUGAGCUACUGGCAAGGGCCAAGGCCCUGAAGCAGCAACAACAGGAGAAAGAGAGGGCAGAACGCAAGGAACAGGAAAGACAGGAGCAAGCACGACAGAAGGAGGAAUUAGCCCGACUUCAGCAGCUGGAAGCCUGCCGACGCAAGCAAGAGGAGGAGCUGCGGAGGGUGGAAGUGGAGAAAGACCGAUCACUUGAGCUCCAGCGCAAAGAGAAGGAGCUAAGAGAGAGACUGCUUUGCAAUUUGAUGAAGAAGGGCAAUGAUAGUAGCACAAAACCCCCAGGCACACAUGAAAAGGUACCAACUAAGGAGGCCUCCGUUCCUGGUGGCACUGAUGAGAUGUUGGAGGUUCUGGGGCGGUUGAAUGGAGUGAAGGCAGCUGAGAGCAAAGAGAAACGAAUGUCCAAAUCUGGUGCACAGGCACAUGCUUCAGGGAAGAACAGAGCAAUGGAGGAGAGGAGAGGAGUGGAGGAAAGGAAGACAGGCCGGGAGGGAAGGAGGGAAGAGGCGGCAAGGAGUAGGUAUAGUCGAGAGCGAGCAAGGGUACAGGAGCGCUCCUACAAAGAGCGGAGCUCCCACAGCAAGGAGAGAAGGAGGCGCUCCCACAGCUACAGCAGAAGGAGAAGGAGCUCCAGCCGUCAUAGGAGGGAUUCCAGUCAUCACAGGAGGAGCUCCAGUCACCAUGGCAGCAGGAGGCACAAUCGUUGCAGCCGGAGCACAAGCUCAAGUAGAAGCAGGAGCAGCAGUGGGAGGAGUUAUAGCAGAGGGAGGAGCCAUAGACAUAGUCACCGACGACAUAGCAGAGCGAGCUCCAGAGGCAGCAAUACGAGUAGAGAAAGAAAGAGUCACAGUCAUUACAAUCGAAGUUACAGGAGACACAGCGACAGCAGAGAUAGGAGUCACUCCAGACGACGCUAAACCCAUCAGUGUAUUGAUUGAUGCAUCAAAUUUAGAAUCAAUUUAUCAACAUGUAUGUGUAUCAUGUACAAUGAGGCUUCAUUGUAGUGAAAAGUCGUGUACACACUGAUGAGUUACAACAAUGGUGUGUCAGGCUCAGGUAGAUACUUUAUUCUAAAAUUUCAAUAUCAUGACUUAAAAUCUGAUUUUCACUUUUCUAUGGUUUGACUAAAUCGGUAAAUACAUUGAUCAGCUACAAUAUAAGAACCAUAGACAUUUUAAUGUGGUCAGUCAAGAGUUCUUUGCCUUUUAAAUUGAAUUAAAAAUGCCACAUUUACUAUUAGGAUUUCUUUGUCAUUUGUGAAAGUUUUUUAUUUGUUAUUAAUUUGGAGUGAAGUACACUGAAAUCUGGUUCAGCCUUUAGGAUUUAGUGAGCCUCCAUGUACCUGAUAUUCAUUAUGUUGUCUGUGGAGAACAUGAACGAGCCUGCUGAGAACCUUUAUUUUCUUCAGAGGCAGUGUUAAGUCUUUAUCGAGCCUCCUUUGAGAUCCUCAUGAUUCCUUGUGGCUGCUGCUCUGUUAUAAAUGUGAAGUUUCCACAGACUAUAAGACUCAUUGACUGCUAGACCUACUGAUACCAUUGUCAACUGUCUGCUCCUUCAGUAUUGGCUGUUUUGCUUGAAAACAGACAACUACAUCAACAGACAACGUCUUUUUAUGGUCGCAUAGCUUCACUGAAAACUGAUUUGCUUUUAACUAUGUUUUAAUUUCUAAAUGUUCGGAAGAGACGCUUGAUAAACCAGGAGUUAUGUUGUGAAUAUGAGAGGGAUUGUUCGUAAGGGCUCGUCUCAUGAAACAGUUGAAAACCCAAUUUGAAUGCAGCAUAUUUAGAGUGCAGUGUUUCCAACACUAAUUAAAUAAACCAGCCAGACUGGCUAACACAGCAGAGGCUUGAUGUCAACACACAAGUGUGUCAUCGCCCUCUGCUCAAGACAAAAGUAUUAUACUAUAUAUUUACAUAGGUUACAUUUGUUUCCUGACGUCUAAUGUAAUGCAAUCUUGAAUGUUACAUAUUGGAUCUUGGAAGUCAAACCAGCAAGUGCACCAUGUACAGACAACAUGACAGAAUGUGACUCCUGUUUUUAAUGUUCAAUUUGUUUUACUGGAUACUUUUCUGUAGCUUUAAAAGUUGUAGCAGUGAAACGUUUUUUGAGA